UGGCUAUUCCUGCCACAGCUCUUUUGGCCCCUGCCUCAGGCUGUCUUCGAUUCUCCAUAUAGGUACUUUUCUCCUUCACCUCUGAGGUACGCCAAAAUCUCGUCCCCUUCGGAUCCCUCGUUUUUAAUCGCAAGUUCUCCGAAGGUCCUUCCCUUUUCGAAUAAUCUCCAUCCAUCUCUCAUAUCUUGCAGCAGUUUUCCCCUCGGUCGAUCUCUUCUCCUUCCCCUUUGGAUCUCGAAACCGCUGCAGUCGAAACAAAAAAUCCUAGUUCCCUUUCACUCCGAGACGUUGAGCCAGAUUUAGGGUUUCUGUUUUCUUGAAAUCUCCACUUGCAUCGCUUCGAGGCGUGACUGGCCUCAGAUCUGUCAAUUUGGGGGGAGUUUAUAAGGAUUUCGAAGAAAUUAUUGGGAAAAGAUUGACGCCGGAAACCUUGUUCAAGUGAUUUGUGGUGCUUCUUCACCGAAUUUGCUUUCGUACUGUUGGAUUUCGGAGACCUUCUGGAGAUGCACUCGAGAUCAGGACAGUCGUCUUAUCGGGAUCGGACGCAGGAGUUUCUCACCAUUGCUGAAAGAUUAAAGAAGUCUUUCUCGUCCGUGCCCAAUGCGCCAAGCAGUAGCGCUGGAUCGAGAUUGGAGGGGCAGAAAACGGCGGUCUCGAUUCAGUCGGAAUUCAACAAGAGGGCUUCAAAAAUUGGGCUUGGGAUCCAUCAGACUUCACAAAAGCUUGCGAAACUCGCAAAGCUGGCAAAGAGAACAUCAGUUUUCGACGACCCCACUGUGGAGAUACAAGAGCUGACAGCAGUUAUCAAGCAGGAUAUCAAUGCUUUAAAUUCUGCGGUCAUAGACCUGCAACUCCUCUGCAAUUCACAGAAUGAAAGUGGUAAUAUUUCCAGUGACACUACCAAUCACUCAACCACGGUUGUUGAUAAUUUGAAGAACCGCUUGAUGAGUACAACGAAGGACUUCAAAGAAGUGCUGACUGUGCGAACAGAGAACUUGAAGGUUCAUGAGAAUAGAAGGCAGUUGUUUUCUUCGUCAGCUUCAAAGGAUUCAACCAAUCCUUUCAUCCGACAACGCCCUCUAGUUUCCAGGGCGUCUUCUGAUUCAUCUGCACCACCAGCACCAUGGGCAAAUAGCUCAGCAUCUUCUCAGCCAUUUCCCAGAAAGAAGAAGAAUGGGGACCCAUCCACAUCAACUCAGCCAUUGUUGCAGCAGCAGCAAAUGGUUCCAGUACAGGAUAGUUACAUGCAGAGCAGAGCAGAGGCUCUUCAUAAUGUUGAAUCAACAAUUCAUGAGCUGAGCAACAUAUUUACACAACUAGCUACAAUGGUGUCACAGCAGGGAGAGCUUGCCAUCAGGAUUGAUGAGAACAUGGAUGAUACUUUGGCUAAUGUAGAAGGAGCACAAGGGGCACUGCUGAAGUACCUUAACAGCAUAUCAUCCAAUAGGUGGCUGAUGAUCAAGAUAUUCUUUGUGCUGAUGGUUUUCCUUAUGAUUUUCCUAUUUUUUGUUGCAUAAUUCUUAGCAAAACAUUAGCGGCACCAUCUUUUUGUCCAAGGAUCGGCUAUGCAUAGAAUACCUUUUUCUGCUUGCAAGUUACUGUCACACUAUUUCCGCCGAGUGAUUGGCAGCUCUACAAUAUUUACCAUGGCUUCUUUGAGCUUGUCCUGUUUCUCCUGACGGGGCACUUGAUGCAAACCCCUUCCCUCUGAGCAGAAAACGCACAGGUCCUUUGCAAUAUUUACCUUCUCUUGCAGAUGUCCAUGUUCAUCUCUGCUUAGUUUGUGAUAUUUGUGCAUCAUCAUCCUGCAAGGAUUGUAUAGUUGCAUGGUUACAAUGCUGCAAUCUUUCUUGCGUGCUUGGCGGCUAUUUAUGUUUUUCAGUAAGCAGCCAGAAAUUCAUUAUUCUUAACAAUCUGCCUUUGCAUCA